AGCAACAGCGCAGGUUCCGGGCAGAGUCCGUUAUGGCCGCUGUCGCUCUGAGGAGGAUGAGUGGGGCCGUGCGAGCGAAGCUGCCGCCCAGGCUGGGCAUCCUGGGCCCCGCGGGUUUGGAGCGGCCGCUGGUCCUGGCCCUCCUGCUCGCGUCCGCCACCGUGUCCAGUGCUCUGUUACCUGCUGAUUCACUGAGCCAGACUGAAUUCAAAGAAGAUGUUUCUACCCCAAAUAUGAGCGCGGAUUUAACACAGGAAAAACAGACCAAACCUUCUGUCACCCAGAUCAGCAGUGCUCUCCCUCUGCCAACUAGUGCAGAGAAGAGUGGAGGGGCAUCGGUCCCCCCUCAUCCCUCACCAGCUACUUCUCUGUCCCAAGAGGAAGCAGAUAACAACGAAGAUCCGAGCAUAGAAGAGGAGGAUCUUCUCACACUGAAUAGUUCUCCGUCCACCGCCAAAGAUGCCCUGGACACUGGGGACUACGGAGAAACAGACUACGACUGGACCGCCAGCCCCAGGGACGACGAGCCCAGCGAGCCGUUGGAGGAAAACAGGGGCUACGUGGAAAUUGAACAGUCAGUGAGGUCUUUUAAGACCCCACCCUCACAUACAGAAGAGGAAGAUAGCCAUUUCUUUUUUCAUCUUAUUAUUUUUGCUUUUUGCAUUGCUAUUGUGUAUAUUACAUAUCACAACAAAAGGAAGAUUUUCCUCCUGGUUCAAAGCAGGAAAUGGCGUGAUGGUCUUUGUUCCAAAACAGUGGAGUAUCAUCGUCUAGACCAGAAUGUUAAUGAGGCGAUGCCUUCGCUGAAGAUUACCAAUGAUUAUAUUUUCUAAAGCUGUGUGGUUUGAGUUUGCUUAUUCUAUAAUUUUAUUUGCUUGACUUUUUAUAUGAUACCAUGCAGAGGUAUGCCAUAGGCAGUUGGUAUUAAAUGAGAGGUGGGUCUCUCUUUACUUUGCCUUGGUGCUUUGGAAAUUAAAUGUCACAAACAAGGAGUGUAUAAUUUUUAAUCUACACUUUCAGAGGUGAAUUCAAUCAGGUGUCCAAAGUGUGGAGCUAAGCAUUUCCUGUUAGUUUUUAUUGUUUUAGAUUUCCUUACUGUACUCUUGGAAGCAUUAGUGAUACUACUUUUAAGAGAUCCCAAACUUGGAACUAAAUUCUAACAUACCUGGCGCUGCUGACUCGGAUUCUUUUCCUGCCAUCCACAUACUUUUUUUAAGGACACUUAUUUUUCUUCCCAAACUGUCAUCUACAAAGAUGUAUGUAAUAAUACUUUGCAUAUUAGUAAUAUUUUUCUUCGCCAGAAAAAUUGCUUUGGAUAUUUUUGGAUAAUUUAAACAUAAUUUAAGUUAAUGAUAAUAUUCAAUCUGAUCACAAUUUUAGGUCAAUUAACAACUAUUUCUAGAAAUUCUGGCAAUAGACUGCAGUUUGCAGUGGACAUGGGUAAAAUGUUAUAGAGAUAAUAUUUUUUGGUUUGAAUUACUGAAUUAAAUUUAGAGAUAGAAAUUGUGGUAAGAUAUUAAUACAUGCACAAUUGCUUUUAGUUGGCAAUUGAUGGUAGCACGGGUUCCUCCAAGCUUUCAAGCCAGGGGCAGAAUUUAAAAUUAUAUCAGAGUUUUUCACUUUGUUUAUUAUUUUCUAGUAAAUUUGAAUAAAUUUUAGGGGCCAUUAUCACUUAAGUAAUGUUAUAUUUAGGUCUUUCAAGUUAAAAUUAAACCUAAGUGAAGUUGUAUGCAUAAAGACUGUAUGUGUACACUUAUGUUUUCUCCCACUGUACUUGUUCUCCCAUUUUUUAUUUAAACAGUGACUGGAAAUUACUUACUGUAUUUUAUUUUAACUGAUCUAUCAUAAGAAUUGAUCGAUGUGUAAAUACGUGAUUUGAAGCAUGGUUGACUUACAAGAGUCACAACAGCCUUUCAGAAAACAUAACCCCUAGUGUACGUCAGACCCCACCCCGCCAGCCACCGCGAAGCCCGGGGGAGCGAGGAGGCGCGUGCUCUGGGCAGAGCUGGCAGGGUCGGGGCCGUCUGCCACUUCUCUUGGCAGACAAUGUACUGUCCCAACAAGGAAGGGGAGCACAAUGGAAAUACACCUGCACUGUUUUAUUGCAGUAAUUUUUUUUAUAUCUGAAAUUGUAUUAUUUAAUAUUUUGAAUAAGAUUUCAAAAAAUAAAUGGCAAAGAUAUAUC